AAGGAGAAGAAACGCACCACCCAGUACCACUCAUCAAACACAAACGGGCGAAUCUGUCACAGCGACGCAGUGCGUGAUACUGAGCUUCCGUCGCUUCAUCUCAGUGCUGUCAGCAAGCAAUUCACACCGGGCCUGUAGGAUGUUGCAGUCGGGCACUGUCAGCGCUCGAGCUGAGGCCAUUGCAGCUGACGAACAAUAUGAUAUUGGGCGGAACCUCAGGAACCACGAUCCAAAAGUCCUUUCCUUCCCGAGUUCUGGGCGACUCGCCCAGCUAUCUCUACGCUCACCGAUGUCGGAAACGCCGUACACCAUCGCCGUAUCGGACGAUGCCCUGGCCUCGCUUCACCAAAAACUCAAAGCGACGAGAUUGCCGGACGAGCUGGACGAGGCGGCGUGGGACUACGGCGUGCCACUGGCAGACAUCAAGCGGCUCGUCGCCCGAUGGCGCGACGGGUACGACUGGCGCACGCACGAAGCUGCUCUCAAUGCGGAACUGCCUCAGUUCACCCGCGACAUCGCUGUGGACGGCCACGGGACGCUCAACAUCCACUACGUUCAUCAGAGGAGCGUAGUACAGGGCGCAGUCCCGCUGUUGUUCGUGCACGGGUGGCCGGGCAGCUUCUUCGAGGCAAGGAAGAUCGUGCCGUUGCUUGUCGCGCGUUCGAGUGAACAUCCGAGUUUCCACGUUGUUGUGAUGAGUCUACCAGGGUUCGGGUUCUCUGAGGCCCCGAGAAAGAAGGGAUUCGCCAUUGACCAGCAUGCUGAGGUCGGCCACAAGAUCAUGCUUGCGUUGGGUUACAACGAAUACGUCACACAAGGGGGCGACUGGGGCUACUUCAUCACGCGCCGCAUCGCGAAGCGCUAUGGCCACCAGCACAACAAAGCCUGGCACACCAACUUGCCCUUGGGACGUCCACCGACGCUUUACUACGAGCCGCUUUCAUUUUUGGCUUUGUGUGUAAGAGGGUUGACGCAGGAGGAAAAAGACGGUCUUGCGCAGACGGGACGGUUCAACAGCCGCUCGAGAGGAUUCCAUGCCCAGCAAUCGACGCGACCCCAAACUGUCGGCUACGCGCUGGCCGAUUCCCCCGUCGGACUACUGGCCUGGAUCUACGAGAAACUGGUGGAAUUGGCGGACAAGUAUCCCUGGAAUGACGACGAAGUCCUGACCUGGAUAUCUAUCUACUGGUUCUCCCGCGCCGGGCCCACUGCGGCCAGUCGCAUCUAUUAUGAGUUUGCAGAGGGUCGGUCGGAUGUGACAAAGGACAUCUAUGGACCCGCAGAUUACCCGACUAUCCCGAUGGGCAUGUCUCACUUCGCGGGAGAAAAGGUCAAUAUCCCAGUUAGCUGGACCAAUGCCUCCGGAAACAUCGUACACCGUAACAAGCACGAGCGUGGAGGCCAUUUUCCUGCGUAUGAAGCUCCGCAUUCGCUCGUCGAUGAUCUACGUGCGAUGUACGGAAAGGGCGGCCCGGUGUUCGACAUUGUGAAAGGACACAGCGGCUAUGAUUGAGAGACGCAAGAUGGGUUUGCCAGAGUGUAGUCGAUCGGUGGUCCUGUAGAAUCAACUGCCAGAAUGAGACCACCUGGGCGGAAAUUUAAGCUCCGUUCCACCCAAAUCAACGAUAGUGACAUUGUAGGGACAGGGAGGAUUUGUUAUAUCCGUCAUAUAUUUCUCUCUCGGUAGGUUUUUUCUGAGAUGUUUGAUGUUACUAGUCCGGGAUCCUGCCAGCCCAACAACAGAUCUUCGCACACCGCCAGAUGUUGCCUUGCUUGUCAAGGCUUCUCCACCCUCAUAAUUGUCCUGAUGGCGUGUCACGCGGUUUGCUCCG